AGAAAUGGAGGACUCCACGAGUACCGGAUCAGGAAGAUCAUCCCCUCAGGGCAUUGUGAUUCCACCUCUGCACUUGGAGCUGAUCGAAUACGUCAUGGGCUCGACCAAAAUGUUUUUCUUCCAAGACCUCAAUGCUUGGAGCGAGUGGACCACAAAACUGGAAUCUGCCAAGGACCUCUCGGACAUUGAGGUGCGCGACAUAUUUUUGACUCAAGUCUUGCCCAAAGUGAACGCCUAUGAACUUCCCAAAACACUCAAAAAUCGUCUGGUAUUACUGAAUAUACAUCCUCUUCUACGGCGCGUCGCCGAUGGGUAUGAGAUUUCGACGAACAGCGACCUAGCGUCUCGCAUCGAACUGGAAGAAGAUAAAGACUAUAUAGCUAUUUCCAAGUUCAAGGAAAACGGAUACCCAAGCUCAGCUCCAGCCAUUUUGAUUGACGACAAGUCGGUGGUGUUCGGUCCUCAAAUGGAUCCCGAGUUUCUGGCUCUUCUCUCUAUGAUGGUGUCAACCGAUCUGGAGCUAUCCAUGUGCCAGCUGCACAGUACCGAGGAGAUCCACAGCCGUCUACGCCAAGCUAGGCAGAACUUUGAAGAUCGUGCCAGAUUUGCUCCUUUACGCAACAAUCUUGAUGAAACAUUAUAUAAAUUGGAGGUGUUUAACAAGCUAAGGAAAAAUAUCUGCUUGGCUAUGAACUACCGUAAAAAAUACUAA